AUGGAGGUAGACCCUGCAGCGCCGCCGCCGCCGCCGCCGCCGUCAGCGCCUGCAGCAGAGCCCGAGCCCGAGCUCGCGCCCGCGACCGUGACCCACGACGUGCACGACGACACGCUGGGCGGCAUUGAGGGCUCGCCCCAGGUCGCCCCCGACCAGAAUGUCCACGAUUACCUGCACCACCAGCAGACACAGUCCAUCGACCCGGGGCUCACUCAGUCUCCGAGCCGCGACGUCGACAUGGACCCCAAUGCCCGCUACGACACCCCUCCGAUGCCCAUGCACCACCAGCCGCAUCCCGUCUCGAGACCACCCUCCGGCCUGUCGGGCCACGGCGGCGACAGGCACUACAGCGAUCACGCGUCCCGUGGCAGCAGCAGCGCCGAGCAGCAGAAUGGCAGGAACCACGUCGUCAUCAAGGUCGGCAUGGUGGGCGAUGCCCAGAUAGGCAAGACCUCGCUGAUGGUCAAGUAUGUCGAGGGCAGCUGGGACGAGGACUACAUCCAGACCCUGGGUGUCAACUUUAUGGAGAAGACCAUCAGCAUUCGCAACACGGAGAUCACCUUUAGCAUCUGGGACCUGGGUGGCCAGAGGGAGUUUGUCAACAUGCUUCCCCUGGUCUGCAACGACGCCGUGGCCAUCCUGUUCAUGUUUGACCUCACGCGGAAGAGCACACUCAACAGCAUCAAGGAGUGGUAUCGCCAAGGGCGGGGCUUCAACAAGACGGCCAUCCCCAUCCUUGUGGGGACCAAGUACGAUCACUUUGUGAAUUUCCCGCGGGAGGACCAGGAGGAAAUAUCUAAUCAGGCACGCCGUUUUGCCAAGGCGAUGCGCGCUGCCCUGAUCUUCAGCAGCACCAGUCACAGCAUUAACGUACAGAAGAUCUUCAAGAUUGUCCUCUCCAAGGCAUUCGAUCUCAAGUGCACCAUCCCUGAGAUCGAAAACGUCGGCGAACCUCUACUGCUGUAUCAGUCGUGUUGA